CAAAAAUAUACUUUGAAAGAAAAAAGAAAAGAAAAGAAAUUCCCCCACGCUAUAUAUAGAAGUGUCGUGUGAAACAGAGCUCGGUAUGAAUUGCUCCUUCGUCUGAUAUCUUCUUUCCUUUUUUAAACAGAAAGCCUAUAUUACCAAAAUUUCAGCUCAAGAAACUUCCAUUAAACACAGUCAUGGAUUGGGUUAGAGGUGAAGCAAUAGGUCAUGGAAGCUUUGGCAAAGUCAGUUUUGCAAUACCCAGAAAGCAGAGCACUCAAGCUAUGGUGGUCAAAUCUUCUGCCGCUUCUAGUUCAGCUACACUAAUGAACGAAAAGAUAAUUUUGGAUGAGCUUAAAAGUUGCCCCAAUAUUAUCCGCUGCCUUGGCGACAACUAUUCCUACGAAAACGGCGAAAAGUUGUACAAUGUCUUAUUGGAAUAUGCUUCAGGGGGCGAUUUAUCAAAUAAGCUCAAGAAUUCAGGUGAUCAUAGAUUGCCGGAAUUUGAAGUCAGGAAAUACACAAAGGCCUUACUGAAAGGGCUACACUAUAUCCACAAAAGUGGUUAUAUUCACUGCGAUAUUAAGCUUCAAAACAUUCUUUUAGGCCAAGAUGGUCAAGUUAAAAUCGCUGAUUUUGGGUUGGCAAAGCGGGCCGAAUCAAAGAAAGAUGAUAACCGGCGAGGUGAAUUGAGGGGUACUCCACUGUACAUGUCGCCGGAAAUGGUUACCGGCGGCGAACAGGGGGCUCCCGCCGAUAUCUGGGCACUUGGGUGUGUGGUUGCUGAGAUUGCAGCAGGAGUUCCGGUCUGGAAAUACUCAAAUAUAACACAACUACUGAUGACCAUUGGAGUUGGUGAUGAGUUGCCUGAAUUUCCCGCGAAGUUAUCGGAACUAGGAAAAGAUUUUCUAGAAAAGUGUUUUGUGAAGGACCCCAGAAAGAGAUGGACGGCUGAGAUGCUUCUAAAUCAUCCCUUUGUUGCUGAUCAAAAUUAUGAUGAUGCCACUGUUACACUGAAUGACGAAACAUGCGGGAGUGGCAGUCCUUCGACGUCUCCUAGGUGCCCAUUUGAUUUCCCAGAUUGGGUAUCUGAUGGCUCUGCUGAAUCCUCAGCAGCAUGUUCAAUUACAUCUCUGCCCUCGCCGGCAAUUCAAGAAUUGCUAAAUUUAAACGGUGGGUCAUGGUCCAUAGCGCCGGCUGAGAGGUUGCGAGUAUUAGUUGGUGAACGCAGACCUGAAUCUGACUGGUCUGCUGCUGAUGACUGGGUCAGCGUUAGAUGAUGUAGCCUGAGAUGGAUUCAUAUUUUCCAAAGUUCUGCAGAUUUUUUACUAGCAGCUCUGAUUUUUCUUUUUAUUUCUUUGAUCGUUAAUGAAUAGGCUAGGCCAAAUUAUUUUAACAUCUUUUGUACAUCGUAUAUACAAAACGUUUCAAUUAUGAUA